AUGGCCAAUCCACACACUCACAGUAAUCAUGGCUUUCCUUUCUGCAUCAAUGGUGUUUAUUCAUGUGGUCUCGUUGAGUCGCAACGACAAAAUCCUCAACAGCAACCACAAUAUCAACAACAUCAACAGGGGCAAGCAUAUGUUUUUCUUAAUCCAAAUCCUCAUGUUCACACUUCAAAUGUCUUAAAUUCUCCCACCCUUGCUACUCUACUUGAGAAGCAGAAUCAAGAGGAGGAGCAGUUCAUUCGAAUCCAGAAUGAUAAAUUGAAACUCGUGUUACAACAACAAAGGGAGAAACAAGUAGGUGUACUUAAAAGAUUGGAAAAUUAUUCAGAACAAGUUUUAAUAACAAAGAAUGGAGAAAUUGCACAAGCUGCAUUGAAAAAAAAAGUGUUGGAAAAUUUCUUAAAUAGUCUAGAGGCAGAGAAAAGGGAUCUGAAGAGAAUAGUUGAGGAACAAGAAGCCAUGAUAAUAGCUUUGUAUAACCAAUUGGAAGAGGAGAAAAAGAGAGUAAGGAUGUUUGUGGAAAAUGAUGGAGAGUCUUUUUGUGGUGAAGUUGAAGAAGCAAGAGCUGCAAAGUGUUGUCUUAGGUGUAACACAAAAUCAGUGGAUGUCAUAUUCCUUCCGUGCAGACAUCUCUCUUCAUGCAAGGUGUGUGAAGCUUUACUCCAAGCUUGUCCCAUCUGUGGAGUGGAAAAGAAGGGUGCUAUUGAGAUCCAGAGUUUGAUUUAA